AUGGCUGCCCCCCGUUCGUCUUCGUUGCGUGCCCUGCGCAUUCUCUCCCAGCAGAACCCGGCUACUCCCAGCCUUCGCCGGAACCUCCACAUCACCGGCGCUCAGUCUGCCCAACCUGCCAACGUUGCAGACAGAACCUCUCUCUACUCAGCCCAGACUGUCCCCGAUCUCAAGUCGGAAUGCAAGAAACGGUCUCUGACAGCUGGUGGUAGCAAGAAUGAGCUCGUUGAGCGCCUUGCCAACCAUGACUUCCUCCAAUCCCGUGCCUUCAGCAUCGCGAUGAGAAGAAUCAACGGAAAUGCUUUCGCAGACAGCUCUAGCCGUGAAUUCAACACCUCCCGCUCCCAGAAAGCCGUCAAUGACUCAUCCACCGUCGACUUUGCCUACAUGCCUUCCAUGGAAGAGCUCCAUUCGUCGGCCCCUAACCCCGGUCCCCGCAUCCCGAUCCUUCCCGACCUCUACAAAUCUGCCGAACCCGCCCUGACCACUCCUACCGCAGCCACCGGCAACUACCCGCCCAUGAAGCCCCAGGUUUACACCGUGGCUGGCGUCACGUCCGACGUGGCUGCCAGUCCGCUGUCGGAAGUUGUGGACAACCACGCCGUGGACAUUGACCCGUUCUCGCUGACCGAGACGGUCGGGCGAUCGCGUCUGGGCGAGAUGCUGCAGCGGCAAAGCGGGUUUUCUUUUAGGAGUUCUCGUCAGCCAGGAGAAAAAGGGGUGAUUGGGGAAUUAAUGAGUUCUAUGAUGGAAGAUAUCUUCCCUAAACAGCUGCGGAAGUAA